CCGCACCCGCACCACCGCCUCCUCCUCUCAGCGCUCUCCGCCCUCUCCCUCGCCAAGCUCCGCCGCUUCCCCGACGCCGCCGUGCUGCUCGCCUCCCUCCACCCGGACCCGGCCUGCCCGCCGCCGCCGUUCCUCAUCCGCCUCCUCCACGCGCUCCUCCCGCUCUUCCUCCCCGACCGCCCCCUCGCACUCGACCGCCUCUACACCCUCCUCUCCUCCGUCCGCGCCCGGAUGACGAGCGCAGCUGCCCAGACACGGCUGCGGCGUGUCUGGUACGCGUCGCAUCGCGUCCGACGCGAAUCGACGCGUGGAUACGCGUCGACGCGCCAAAAAAUUUUUGGACGCGCGUGUCCCGGUAACACAGAAGGCACGACGUGGUGGAAAUUUAAGAUGCUGAAUUGACAACAUUCUGAGAAAUCACUCAGGCUUUGGCUUGAAGAUAUUGAGGCUCCAUUUAGAUUCUGUAUACUGUUGCUUUCCUUAUAUCGACAAUUGGCUUCAGGUUGCUGUUACACCAAGGAUUGAAGAGCUCACACUUCGGCUACAUGAAAAGUACGAAUUCCCAUGCUCACUUUUAUCAGCUGGGGUUAGAGGCUCAAUCCGGUCUCUUCUACUUGGUCUUUGUGUCUUCCAUCCCACGCUUGAACUUGGCCAAUUGAGAAGCCUAACAAGACUGACACUGAGGGAUGUGCGUAUUACGGGGGAGGAAUUAGAGUGCCUUCUUUCCAAUUCCCUUGCUUUGGAGCAUUUGGACUUCAUUACUUGCAAGGAGAUAAUUUUCCUGAAGAUACCUUCUGCAUUGCUGCAGCUCAGCUACCUUAGGGUUUGUGGAUGUUGGGAUCUGCAAGUUAUAGAGAAUAAAGCACCAAGUCUCUCCACUUUUGCCCUUAUCGGGUUUGUUUCAAAACUCUCACUUGGAGAAGCAUCGCAAAUGAUGAAGGUCUUGAGCUUGGAACACGCGAAUGUCGUCUGUUAUGCUCGUGCUAAGCUUCCAUCCAUUAUGCCAAACCUUGAGACUCUUGUGUUAGGAUCGAGUGCUGAAUUGAAUACACCGAUGCUGCCCACCAAAUUCCUCAACCUCAAGCACCUAAUCAUUCAGAUUAGUGUAGCGACCUUGCCCCCAUCAUACGACUAUUUUUCUCUGGUGUCUUUCUUGGAUGCUUCUCCUUCCUUGGAGACUUGGUACCUCGAGGUAUAUCCGGAAGAUAUGGAACAUGAAUCAGUUUUCGAAGGUUCUUCAGAUUUGAGGCAGCUGCCUGAAUACCGUCACGACAACCUCAAGAGUGUUGAGAUCAUAGGAUUCAUCUCUGCAAGGAGCUUGAUUGAGCUAACAUGCUGUAUUGUCAAGAGCGCAGUCUCACUCAAGCGACUCACAUUGGAUACCCUUCGGGGUGGUGGUAGGUGUUCUGGGGGAAAUGGUGGUGAUUGCUCGGAUCAAAUUUGCUCUGCUGUUAGCAAGGCUGUGGUCGAGGAAGCCUUUAGAGGGGUGGCGGCGAUAAGAAAGUACAUUGAGGAUAAAGUCCCGUCUACAGCUAAGCUGAUUGUUCUGGAACCUUGCCCACGGUGUCAUACCACUACAGUACUGGAUUAUUCUGGUAAUGUAGAUCUUGCAAGUUGCAGAUGAUGAUGUUACGAUGAUGGAGGGUGGAAGAUAUCAUAAAGUUAUCUUAAUUAUGCCUGAGGUUAAGAAGCUUAUCAAGGAGAAAAAGGAUGACCCUGAAAUUUCUGAAUAUCUUGAUAUGGAGAAAGAGCUUCAGGAGGUCAUUAUGUUAACCGAAGAGCUUUUGGCAACUGCAAAGCAAACUGAGAGUGCCCAGAAUGUUGCAGGUCUAUCACCACCGAAUUAUUCGGCUGGAGUGCAGUCAGAGGGACUCGAUGACUUUUCACAUUCCCAUAAGUUUGUGGUUGGGGCUAGAGUGCAAGCUGUGUGGAGUGAAGAUGGGGAAUGGUAUAAUGCAACAGUUGAAGCUUUGACACCAAAUGGAUAUUAUGUAGCUUACGAUGGCUGGGGAAACAGUGAAGAGGUAGACCCAGAUAAUGUUAGGCCGCUUGAGGAAGAAGCGGAGGAUGCUUUGCGCCAAGCUGAAAAGGAAGCUGAAGCCACAAAAAUGGCAAUAAAGAGGAAAAUUGAACAAGCUGCAACAUCUGAUUUUCAAGCACGCAGCUUGCCUACCAAACUUCGUAUCGAACCAAGUGAUCCCGAGGAUGUGAAAGCUGCGAAGCGUAAGAAAAUACAUGCUUUCAAAUCAAAAGCCCGGUUUGAGCAGCUUGAGUUUGCACAAAACAAGCGGCAGAAUGCAUGGCAGCAGUUUCAAACGACCAAGGGUAAAGCUAAAAAGGUGGGGUUCUUCUCUGGCCGCAAGAAGGAGAGCAUCUUCAAGUCGCCGGACGACCACAGAGGUAAGGUGGGUGUCACCGGGAGCGGCAAAGGCCUGACCGAUUUCCAGAGGAGGGAGAAGCAUCUGCACCUCAAGGGUGGCUCUGGUGACGCAUUGGAUGACGAGGAAUAGACCGUACUGGUGUGUCGGCCUGUUAGCUCGCGAGCUUAUCACCAAACAUUCUCAUGCCCGGUGUUUAUUGCUCUGGCCUGGGCCCGAGGGGCGCCUGUUGUGUAUGUCGAACUUGUCGGAUCUAGAAUUCUCACAGAUAUAUCAUCAAUUAUUCCAUGUUGCGUUCUGGUGCCCCCAGCUCAUUUGUCAAUGAAAUCUGUACCCAGAU